UCGAGUGACCAGUUACCGGAGGUGGAUUUUCAACAAAAUGGCCUCCCAGAUUGUAUUAAGAUGUGCACUACAGAUGACUGCCAGGAAUACAAGAAGAAGCUUCAUACCAUCAUAUCUCUAUAGAGUACAAGAUCUUCCCAUUCAGAGAUUGUUUUUAUUACAACAUACCUCAUCCUUUCACACCUCCUUCAGCCAUCAUGCAAAGAAAGGUAAAAAACACAAAGCCAAAGUUGUAGUCGACAUGUCUGCAGAUGAAGAUAUAUUGGAUUUAAAUGAUGUGAAGGAAAAUAUGCAGAAGGCUAUAGAUGCCUUGAAGAAAGACUACACUAAUACUUUGACCAUCAGAACUUCACAAGGUGCCUUAGAUCAUAUUCUUGUGUCAACCCCUGAUGGUAAAUUCCCUCUCAAUCAACUAGGACAAAUGUCAUUUAAAUCAUCUAAUAGCAUCACUGUCAACCUUGCAAACUUUCCUCAGGCCACUGAAGCUGCAGCCAAAGCAAUAAGAGACGCUGGAAUGAAUCUCAACCCAAAGAUAGAGGGCAGCAUUAUUCAUGUUCCUAUCCCAAAAGUAACCAAGGAACAUAGAGAGAACCUUGUUAAAUCGGCGAAAGGUUUGUGUGACAAAGCAAAGGUGAACAUUCGGAGUGUGAGAUCAAAGUAUAUUACCUCUGUACGCAAACACAAAGAAGGAACGUCAAAGGAUACCAUAUUCCGAUUGGAACAACAAAUACAUCAAGUCGCUGACUCUUACAAUGACUCUGCAGAGAAGUUAUUAUCAUCUAAGACAAAGGAACUUCUAGGAAAGUGAAAGAGAUGGGUUUAUUUAUUGGCAUCACCUCAAAGACUUUCUUGAAGCAAGGUUAUCAGGAACAGAGGAUAGGUCUCUUUCAAGUGCUGUUUAAAGAUGAGGGAUAUGUAUUCUCUAUUUGUGUAUUCAAAUCAUGUCAAUUAGGGAUGUCGGGAAUCAUUUCCAUAUGUGGAAUAUUGUUUGUUUCUAUAAAUCAAAGUUACAGUAUACAAAGUUGCCUUUCCCUAAAUAUAUAGAAAGUUAGGCCUAUUAAUUCAAUGCAAGGCCAUGUCCUUGGAUAUUUAUGUGUCAGUUUUUUUUCCAUUGCUGUAAUAAAUACUUUUAAAUGAGCUAAUGCGAUUGCCAGAAAAUUCAUCUCUUUUCUUUGCUUUUUCUAAAGCGCAUAGGGACGCAUGUGGCAGUGAUAUGCACUAUAUAAGUGUAUUGGUAUUAUUAUUAUAUAGAAAUGUUCCCUAUAGAAAAGUGACCUUGCCCUUAAAACAAUAAAAUUCAAGGCCUGUAUGAAUAUAUAUUGUGAAAUUAAAUUAUUUGACAUUCACAAUUCCACAGUUCAUAAAACCACCAGAUUUUGUAUUUAUUCAUCUAUAAAGAAAAACAAGUGUGCUAUCUAAACCAUUUUCCUAUAGUAUGGCCAUUACCAAUGCUUAAGACUAAUGCCUCUUUAGCUUGUAUUCUGAAUUCAGGUUUAAUCUAAACUCUGGUCUAAAGUUGUGGUUUAACUAUGGAUAGCCAAUGGUGACAUAAAUCUCAAAGAGUAGAGGGUCAUAGUAUCAGCUCAUUUGACUCUCAAAUCAGUCUUAACUGUCUGGGAAGAACAAAUAAGUUAAUUGUCUUCACCAUUUAAGAAUUAGGAAAGACAUGCAACAAAUGUUUGGUUUGAAUUGCUUCCCAUAAUAUUGGCACAGAGUUAGACCACAGUCUUAUCUAAGUUAAACCCAAGUCCAGAAUAUGGGCCUUUAAGUUUACAUAGAUAUCAAGUCUUUCCGACUUGAAUAAUUGCCUGUAAAGCGGAAGCAGUUUUUCAUAACCAGAUUGUGCAAAAAUAUGCAUAGGGACACUGUAAAAGAACUAAUUUAUUAUUUGCUGAUAAUUUCCCUAUUACUGUCAUCCAAGUCUAACCAAUUAAAUUGAUAACAAGAUUGGUUUAAUUACUAGUAGUUGAAAUAACUUUGACAAAUAAGUGAUUGAUAUAAAAAGAACUAAGCAAUGAAUGUCAAAUGUUCAUGAGUUGUAACAUUCCAUAGGUCUAAACCUGAUAAAACUCUUCUCUUUAAUAUCAAUAUGAAUUGAUUUCUUAUUUUCAGUUGAUGAUAUUUUAGAUUGCCUGUCAACAGGACCUAUGAAAGGUUGACUGCAUGUGCAAGAACAAUUAAUGAACAGUUUAAACUAUCGUGAUAGAACCAUAACAGAAAUAAUAAAAUAUGUGAAAGAUAUAUCAUGUAUGUCAUAUAAUCAAAUGACUUAAAGUUAAGGUGAUUGAUUUGAAUAUAAAUGUAUUUUUUUCAUCAUA